CCUCUCUCAACGUACGCUUACAAAAAAUGGAGCUGGAUCCCGCCGACUACACUGUCGCAUGGAUUGCCCCUUUGGAGAUCGAGACGCAGGCCGCCCUCUACAUGCUGGAUAACAGACACCAUGGCCGGUUCGCCGUUACUCGCGGCGACGACUAUGUGUUUCACGCUGGCGAUAUGUGUGGACAUAAUGUCAUCAUUGCACCUCUGCCUGCUGGCCAAGAAUACGGCACAGGAUCUGCUGCGGCGCUUGCGGGCCAGGUCAAGAAGUUCUUCCCUAACCUGUGGUUCGGCUUGCUCGUUGGCGUGGCUGCUGGUUUGCCAAGGAUUUCCCAGACCCAAGCACGAGACAUCCGGCUAGGCGACGUCUUGGUCGCUCUUCCCGAGGGCGACAGCGCUGGACUCAUCGCAUAUGACCUUGGGAAAGAGACUGGGACGGAUGGGUUUCAGCUCUUGAAAUCCGGGCAUGUCCUGGCUACUACCGAGACCGUCAUCAGGUCAGCGAUCGGAAGCAUUAAACUUCACGCACCGAAUGAAGCAGCUAUUUUCCUUCCAUUCUACAACAAGAUGAAGGACCAGGAACACAUUGGCGGGACAUUUGUUGAUCCGGGCCAGGAGAAUGAUGUCCUGUACGAGACGAGCGGUGACGGCAACGAGCAACGAGCAGUCAGAGAAGCACGACCAGCCACAAGACGGACUCGCGUGUGGUAUGGUCCGAUAGGCUCUGGAGAGAAGCUCAUGAAAAAUGCUCGCAAGAGGAAUAAGCUGCGAGACAAGUACAACAUCAUCGGGCUCGAAAUGGAAGCAGCUGGGACAAUGAAUCGCAUUCCCGUUGGGGUGAUUCGAGGCGUCUGUGACUACGGAGACGAGCACAAAAACAAGGAAUGGCAGCCAUACGCUGCCGCCAUGGCAGCCGCAUAUGCAAAGGCCCUCUUGGGGGAAAAUCCGCCCAAGAAGAGGCCCACAAAGGGGACAUCCUCAACAACACCACAAGUUCAGCUGGGUGAGGGCUACCCCUUCUCCGAAGCAGCAACAAUCGGCAGACUAACGACUCGUAGAAUCUACACCGCGACGCGCCGAACCCUUCUCGACCGUCCCCUUUCUUCCCGAUGCCGACUUCGUCGAGCGAGCUGACGUGACUGCGUGGCUGGAUACAACCCUCGCACAGCCUGGCAGCCGUGCCGCCCUUGUCGGCCUGGGAGGUAUCGGCAAGUCCCAGGUAGCGAUCGAGUACGCGCACCGAGUCCGACAACGAUCGCCGAGUACGUGCGUGCUCUGGGUGCACGCGGAUACCCAAGCGCGGUUUGAGGAGGCGUAUCGCGGCAUUGCAGACCGACUGCAGCUGCCUCAGCGCCAUGAUCCCAAGGUGGAUGUGCUGC